CACAUCUAAUCUCUCUCUUCAAAUUUUCUCUCUAAAUUAUAUAAAAUAAUGGACUUGGUUGCAAAAAUGGCAGCGAAGAAAGCUGUAGUGAUCUUUAGUAAGAGUACGUGUUGCAUGUGUCAUGCAAUCGAGAGAUUGUUUUAUGAUCAAGGAGCGAGUCCACAGAUUCACGAGCUCGAUCGGGAAUCGAGAGGGAAGGAAAUGGAGUCAGCUCUCUCGAAGACAUUGGGUUGCAGCCCCGCCGUGCCGGUUGUGUUCAUCGGUGGAAAGCUCAUUGGCUCCGCCAACACUGUCAUGACUCUUCAUCUCAAUGGCUCCCUAAAAAAAUUGCUAAAGGAAGCUGGAGCCAUAUGGCUUUGAUGUUUUCAUAACUUAAUUAGUUAACCAAAAGGUCUUUUUUUGUCUCCUUUUGUGUGUAAAAAUAUGCAAGGUAUAAUGGUUGAAAUAACUAAUAAGUAACAAGUUGAUGAAGCUGAUAACUUAUGUAAUUUGCCAAUUUUUCAGUUUCAUCCCUCAAGUUUAAUAUAUUCCCAUUUGCCCCUUUUUUUUUUUUUUAUUUCUAUUAUUAUUUUAGGUAAAUGCCAAAAACUACCUUUAAAAUAUGGUGGUAGUUGUAGUUAAACCCUCAAACUUUCAAUUAUAAAAGUUGAGCCCUCAAAUUAGUACAAUUUAUGGACUAUCAAACUUAUAAUAUAUGUAGAAAUUAGACCCUAAAUGACAAAAAUUUACAGUUUAAAGUUUGAGGAUAUAAUUGCAACUAUCCACCAUAUUCUAGAGGUGGUUUUUGUGAUUUGUCUUUUUUGUUUUUCUUUUUAGUAAAACAAAUGUGAUUAUGGGAAAUCAAACCUUCGAUCUUUAGAGAAUAAGGUUAUGUCAAUAGCUUCACUUUUACAUUUUUACCCUUUUGCCAAAAUUUUACAAAUAGGUGGUUUUUUUUUUUUUUUUUUUUUAACCUUUUCGUAAUUAUGUCCAACUACAUUUGGCACUUUCUAAAAAAUAAAAAAAUAAUUAAAAAGUUCAUCUACUAAUUGCGUAAUGAAAAAAGAUUGAACAUUAACCCACGAGGUAGAAAUUCACUAGCGACAAAAUUCUCUUUUCCUCAUUAUUAGGACAUAAUAUAUAUUUUUACAAUAUAAUUAACAUUUUCUGUAUGUAUGUGAGUUUUCAAAAGAAAUUUGGCUUCGUUACUUCCCAAAUUUGUGGGCUUUAUCCUGCAGUCGAAUAGGUGAUUUCUUUUGGAUCUUCUAUUUGUAUUGGUUUCGGAAAGAUUUCUCGAGAAUGGAUGAUC